CCCGUCAAAUGCCCGUCCCGGUAGGAGGCUUGUCGCUGCAGGUUGGGGGCCUUAUAAACGUACAAGGUCAAUGGCCUGGGGCAUCCAUGGUCCGCAACGCCUCGUGUUCUUGAAAUCGCCCAUGCUGUUUCAGUUCUCCGCCCCUGAGGCGCAAUUCCUCGAUGUUCGUGGUGUGCAGCAUGGUAUCUGCAACCAAUGACAUGAUAUACAAAUUGACGGCAAGUGCGACGUUCGCAGGGCCCCCAUUGGAGAGCAUGGGGUCAUUGUAUUGGUUGCGAGUGAUCAAGUGUACUUAACACCGACCGCUUACACAAUUCGAUAGCCUUAGGAAUUCCUCAACAUUCUUAUGAUUGAGCAAGUGAUCAGAAAUAUACCCAGUGAAGUUCAACGAACCAUGGACGAUCAUAGCAACGCAGCAGGUAUUACACCAGCACCACCAGCAUACCUUCGAGGCAACACCGAUCCUGAACUCCAGCGGAAACCGACGGUUCAUCGCGAGAUUCACAACCGUGUAGUGAAGCUUGACUAUUUGGAGGAACAACCCGAAUAUAUCGACUGUCCUCAUUGCGAGACGCGCCAACAGACGAAGGUCAGCCACCCCAGCUCGAGUGCGACAAUGCUUGCUGGUGCCUUCUGCUGUCUUUGUUGCGGCAUCAUCACUUUCUGGAUUCCAUGUGCUUGCCACUGGUUCGCUGAUACGGACCACACCUGCAGUCAUUGCAACAACUUGGUUGCUCACAAAUCACAUGAUGGCAAGAUGACAGCAAACCUUCCAGCGACAGAAAGGACGGGCAUCAGCAUGUACCAGCCGGUGCAGCCCAUGAAACAGCCCGUGUGAUUACAGGUCGACAUAUCCGACAGGAUCCUGGAGGUGUUUGAGUUAGUGGUCGCAUCGAUAGCAUUGGUAUGUUGGAAACGAUCCGCUCAAUUGGGUGUUCAAGCCAAUAGGGAAGCACAGUGUUCUCAGAAAUGCGGUAGUGGCAUUCCGAUGUUCUCAGAGCCGCAGG